ACGUUAUACGUAUAACGCGCCGUGACUACCACAGAAUACACAACCAAUUAAAAACAUUACAUACCAAAGCCCACCGACAGAAGAAGGUUUUUAAAUACAUUGAAGAUCAAUGAGCGACAUAUCAUAGUCACACUGGGCCGUGUGUUACCCGUAGUAUGUAAACGUUCGCUGUCAUGGUGGACGAUUUGUAAUCAAUAUGGAACAUUAAAGGAAUUUAAAUGGACUAUAUCAAGUGAAAAAAUUAAAACUACUACUGCUUUAGGGAAUAACGGUCACACAAAAGUGUUAUCUUAAGGAAUAACGGGAAGACAUGUGUAUGCAAGCUUAACUUAUGAGUGUACUAAUGUUUCAUGCUGUCAAAGCGAAAUGCUUUUGUUAAAGAGGAGACCUGACUCGUUUGCAGCUGUCUUACAAAACUAGAGUCUGUCACAUCGAGAUGACGUAAGGAUUACCUCCAUUUCUAGCUGUAUCUUAGAAAGUGGUCCGGAUGUAUUGAACGACACCCUUGUUAAUUGGGAUGGAAAUGUGAAUUAUGACGUAUACAACAUAGCGACACAUCACGUGCUUGGUAGAUUACAAUUAUGCCGUCCUCUUCAUCCAACGAGAAGCUUUUCUGGGCGGACCGGAAGAACCGGAUGGAGAAAAGUCGUUUAGAUCUCAUACUCAAAAACAUGGAAAAGGAACAAAUGUACCUAACACAUGAUAUAGACCGUGAAAAAAGAGCCGUUGUCAAGAAUUUUACAUUGGUGCGUCGAACUUCUGGUGUGAGCGAUCAGGGGGUUCCGCCGCGUAACGAAAAGGACACCGAUUAUCAAAGUGCGCCGAAUUACAGGAUGGGGCUCCGAUUGAGUGAGCGGCGUCUGUUAGAAUGGCGCGAAAAUGAAAAACAGGUAGAAAAGUUCAUGCACCAGUCAGCAUGGGAAAUGGCUAAAGUCAGUGGAAAAUAUCGACGUCAUUCUUCUCCAGAAGGUAUUAGACUUCCCAAAAGAGCACAAAGUGCAAAAAGUUACAACCGAUCAACAUCAUCAGUUGGAGGUUACACAGAGGUCAAAGUCCUUGAUGACGACGUAUUCACAAACGGUACCGGAUUUCCUACAACUUUAACACAUCAAUCCGACAGUGUGGUUGACCUCAAUCCCAAGGAACUAGAAAAACAAAUCUUUCAAGACUAUAAAGAGUCUAUCCACAAAACGCGCAUACCAUCUACCUCGGACGUAUUAAAACUGAAGAAGACGCGACAGGUACGAUCUGACAGUGAUCUGGGCAGAGACGAAGAGAAACGAUUACGGUUUAGGCCGCAUACAGCUUCAGUUACGUCGCAUACUAAGAGAAAGUCAUUGCGGGGAUUUCCUGCAAGACCUGCGACUGCCUGGUCUAAAAUACAGGAUAACGAAAAGAAGGGAAACCUAGUUAAGAAUUGUUUCGAAAGAGAUGAUAUUGAGGACAAUACUAGAGAAAUACUCGUAGAUUACUUUAUGACAAAACCUUCGGCUGAUCAGGAACAUUUAUCGGACGCUAGCGCAUCGACAGUUUCCGAGGAAACAGCUGGAGGAAGGCAAACCGACGAGAUAUCUGAAUGCGGAAGUGACUUUGGAAGCUCUGUUUCGAAUCCUAGUCCAAGAACUAUAUCAGAUCGGAUGAGAGCUCUAAUGCCAGAAGUAGAAGAUAAGUUAAAAGAAACCUAUAUAAAUUCGUCCAUAACUAUCAUCUAUGGCGAAGGAGAUGAGUCGAAUAAUAAUAAUGAGGAUGUGUCAGAAAAUCACGUCGAUGAUGUCCUACAGGGAACGGAUGUUAGCGAUAGAGAAACUUGGAUGGAACUCCAGGGCAGUACAGAAUUGGAAACUAUUAAAAAUAACGUUGAAGAUGAACCAGAUUCAAUCUCGAAUCAAAAACCAAACCGCUUCGAUACAGAGGGGGAUCAAUAUGUGACUCCGCUGAAUGGAAUUAUGAAAACUGACAAUAGUUCUAAACUAGAUUUUGCAAGUAGUCAUCCAAAACUAGAUGACCAAUUGCCUAUACAAGCUGACCUUGGUGACAUGGUUGACGGUCGAUAUCCCAGGUCACGACGAAAGGUAAAUCGUGUCCUGACAGGAAUCGCAGAGGACAAGGUACUUACCAUAGUUGAUGGAACUUCUCAGGAAGGUAACGAUGCAAAUCGUAGUCAUGGUGAUGACAUGCUCUCUACAACAUCACCUAGUUCCUCGUCGCGUCUGACGUCACGACAACGACGGACAAGCACUACCAGCACCCUGACUCAGUCAGAUCGUCUGUCUGGUAUGUACAGUAGUAUGAGUGACAUUUAUUCUAUCGGGUCGGACGGACAAAGACGUCCGAGUAAAUGGCGUCAGUACGUGGCGGCGGAUACUGCACCUGUGCCACAGAAAAAAAUUGUGACUGUUACAGCUGUUGUUCGAGCUGCGCUUGCAUUCUCGAAAAUGGCACGAAAACGCGCGCUCAACAAACUUGUGGAGGAACAAAGCACAGAUCCUGUAGAACUGAUCCGACAAGAACGACUGCGCCGUUUGCAUUCAAGGAACAACAUACUGCAAACAAUUACAAACUCUUGGUCUUUGAACGGGGACAACAGUAUCCCCGAGCUACAAGAACAAGUUUGAGAUGUACUGGUUGAGAAUAAUGUACUCAGACCAUGUUCUGUCUUCAAUAACGCAAUACCGAUUGUUUCUCCAUAACGGAGUAAAAAAA